AUGGCACUCUCCAAGAGUGAAUCCGACGUCAUCCUAAACCGGGCAAACGUCGCCCUCGCCCGAAGCCAACGCCUCGUCGCAUCAUGGCUCCCCGAGAAAACCGGCGACGAACUCACAAGCGCCAAAUCAGAAGAGGAACUACAACGCGAGGAAGACGAAAUCUUCACAGCUGUCCCAGAGACUCUCGGUGUCGGCGCCCCGCUCCCCGAAAAAGCAGCUGACGGAAGCUGGAACCGCACGGAAUUAAGCUCGAACGAUCAAUUACGGAAACAACUCCUCGGAAGGAAUUAUGAUAAAUUUAUGAAGGCCAGUGCUGCAGCGAAACAAGCUUCGGCUGCGGCUAAGAGCACCGCGUCGGCGGUAGCUUCCGGAGCUUCAUCCGCGGUGCAGGAGGAGGAUGAUCAGGAUGAUGAUGAGGAUGGGAGGGUUUCUAUGGUUGGGAAGAAGAAGAGGAGGGUUGGGCAGGGUCGUGCUGCACAGACUGGAUCUGGGUCUGGUGUUACCCCUGUCUCUACGCCUGGCGAUGUUGAGGAUGCAGGUGCGAAAGAGGAAAAUGGAGUGGUUCAGACCGAUGCGCCUGUUAAACAGGCUCCCUCGAAGGGGAGGAAGAAGGCUACCAGCUAUUUGGAUGAAUUGUUGGCUGAGAGGUCGAAGAAGAGGAAGAAGCGGUGA